AUGAGGUCUGCCACCUACGCCGUCGCCUCCGUCCUGGCCGCUGCUGCUCCGGCAUGCGCUGCCGAGAACUAUACUUGGGCCAACCAGCCCUCGGAGCUCCAAUUCUACGGCCAGAGCCCGCCCGUUUACCCCUCUCCUCAGGGAUCCGGUAACACUUCCACGGCCUGGGCCACCGCCUAUGAGAAAGCCCGUGCUCUGGUUGCCCAGCUGACGCUGGAUGAGAAGUCCAACCUCACCCGUGGCUACACCGGGAGCUGCGUGGGCAACACGGGUGCGAUUACCCGCCUAGGAAUUGAGCCCUUCUGCUUCGCCGAUGCCCCUGAUGGCGUCCGCGGUACCGACUUUGUCUCGGCAUUCCCUUCGCAGCUGCAUCUUGCAACCACCUGGGAUAGGGACCUCAUGUAUGCUUACGGCAAGGCUAUUGGCGAAGAGUACCACGACAAAGGCAUCAAUGUUGCCCUUGGUCCGGUUGCCGGACCUCUUGGAAGGAUUGCCCGCGGUGGCCGUAACUGGGAAGGCCUCAGCAACGACCCGUAUCUGGCUGGUGUCGGCAUGCACGAGGUUACCAGAGCCAUGCAAGACGCCGGCGUCAUCGCCGUUGCAAAGCAUUUUCUGCUGAACGAGCAAGAGUAUCGCCGCAUGCCCAACCAAUCUAAUGUCAUGCCUUCCAAUGGCAACUCUGGUCCCGAGCCGGAAGGACAUGCCAUGUCCUCUAACGUGGACGACAAGACUAUUCACGAGCUCUACGCUUGGCCCUUCUAUGAUGCUCUGAAGGCUGGUGCUGCGUCGGUCAUGUGCUCCUACCAGCGCGCAAACAACUCGUACGCUUGCCAGAACUCCAAGCUGCUGAACGGAAUCCUCAAGACCGAGAUGGGUUUCGAGGGAUUCGUGGUUAGUGACUGGCAAGCCCAACACACUGGCAUCGCCUCGGCCAACGCUGGUCUUGACGUUGUCAUGCCUGAUGGCGGUUACUGGGGCGCCAACCUGACCCAGGCUGUUAACAAUGGAUCCGUCACUGCCGAGCGUCUGGAUGACAUGGCCACCCGUGUCCUGGCUGCCUGGUAUUUCCUUGGCCAAGAUGAGGACUACCCCGAAGUCGGUGUUUUCCCUGACACUGUUCAACACCCAAUUGUCGAUGUUCGUGGAGAGCAUGACAAGGUGAUCCGUGAGGUCGGAACCGCAGGCCACGUUCUUGUCAAGAACGUGAACAACACUCUACCACUUAAGAGCCCCAAGUUUGUUGCUGUCUACGGCUACGAUGCCGAGGUCAAGGCUGUGCCGUGGGAGAAUGUGGCUCGCUACGGUGGUGGCUAUGAGGUCAACUACGGCUGGAACACUUUCAACGGCACUCUAAUUACUGGUGGCGGCUCUGGUGGCGCUUCCCCGCCAUAUGUGGUCUCUCCUUUCAAGGCCAUUCAGGAUCGUGUUGUCCAAGACCAUGGUAUCCUUCGCUGGAACUUCUGGGAUGUCAACCCCCACGUCUCUGCAACCGCUCAGGUCUGCCUCGUGUUCAUCAACGCCUAUGCAUCUGAGUCCUUCGACCGCCCGUCUCUUACGGAUGAGUUCAGCGACAAUCUGGUCAACAACGUGGCUACGAACUGUUCAAACACGGUCGUUGUUGUUCACUCUGCCGGCGUUCGUCUUGUCGAUUCCUGGAUCGAGCAUGAGAACAUCACGGCUGUAAUCUUUGCUGGUCUCCCCGGCCAGGAAAGCGGCCACAGCCUUGUUGAUAUCCUGUACGGUGAUGUCAGCCCCAGCGGCAAGCUUACUUACACUGUCGCGAAGAAGGAAGAGGACUACGGUCAUCUCCUAAACCACACCGUCGAUGAGAGCUGGUUCCCGCAGUCGGACUUUACUGAGGGCGUUUACAUCGACUACAGAGCCUUCGACAAGGACGGAAUUGAGCCGCGCUUCGAGUUUGGCUUCGGCCUUUCUUACUCCGAGUUCGAGUACUCCAACGUUGAAGUCAAUGCUCUGGACGGCAACACCGAUGCGUUCCCGCCUGAGGCUGCCGUCGUUCAAGGAGGCCACCCAGCCCUCUGGGAUGUUCUCUUCAACGUCACCGCCGAGAUCGAGAACAUUGGAAACUACACCGCCCACGAAGUCGCGCAGCUGUACGUCGGCAUUCCGAACAGCCCCGUCCGCCAGCUCCGUGGUUUCGACCGCGUGGCGACCGAGCCUGGCCAGAAGGUCACGGCGACCUUCCCGCUGACGCGCAGGGAUCUCAGCGUGUGGAAUGUUGAGGCUCAGCAGUGGGAGCUCCAGACUGGCGAGUACCCCGUGUGGGUCGGGGCUAGCAGCAGGGAUUUGAGGCUGAAUGCCACCCUCACAAUUUAA